UAAUUACGGUACAUGACAUUAUUUUUUAUAGAUUUUCAUUUAUUUCUACUAUUUAUUCGUGAUAUAAUAAAUUUAUCGCUUAGGAAUUGCGUUAAUGCGCGAGUUUACGCAAUUUUCGUUACGUACUUGAACUUAAGUGAGAGUACAAGAAGUAAUAAAGGCACGUCAUCUUCAACUCCUAUUUCUCUCUCAUCCGCCUACAGAAAAGUAAUGAGAAAUACGGAAAGAAAGACGGAGAAACCAGCAGGAAAAAAGAUCUCGAGAGGUACUUGUUUUAGAGAGCAAAGUGAAUCUACGUACUCGUAAUAGCGCUGGAUAAGAGACGGGAGGAAAAUAAGAAUGGAAGAUUCUUCCGCCCUAUUUCCUUCUACACAUGAACUGUAAAAAUACUUCGUUUCUUUUUUACCGCAGUCUUUCGUAAUUUUUCAAAUUAUAAUCUUUUUCCGACAUUUACGUAAUAAAUAUUUUGAUUCUUACAUUAUUAAUAUUUUCACUUUAUUAAUAUACGUUAAUAUUCAUUUUCGAAGGUCCAUCUUUUAAUAAUAUCGAAAUUCGAAGUGAAAUGGUUGAAAUGCAUGAGAUGCAUACAAAUUUCUCAUUCACCAGAGGAAUAAUAAAAUAAAACAUUAGUAUAUAACUAUACUUCAAUAAAUUACAUUUGUAUCAUUGUAAAUACCUAAUUAUACAUAAAAAUUCUCAAUAUAAUUUCUCAAAUGUAUUCCAGAAGCUCCAUACUUUCAGUAUAUGCAACAAGAAGUCUUUUUCUGAAACCUCUAGAGUGAAAAGGCGAUCCUUCAAGGUACAUAAACGUGACUUCAUUCAAAGUUUCAUAAAACUUUCCUCGAAGGUCGUGCCGUUAACAGAAGUUGGAAUAGCGAUGUGGAUGCGUUGUAUAAUUCAUCUAUAUGUACGAACACGUAGCUUGUAAUUUUAUAUUCCAAAUACGUGAAUAUUAGGUGUAGAAACUAAUUGUGCACCUUUAUAUUAUGACUAGUUUAUAUAGAAAUAUUUACUGACCGAUUGGUUUCGAUAUUUUGUUUUUAGAACUGUAUGUAUUGUUUUGGAAUAUGAUACCGGGGGAAGAUUAGAAGAUGUAUGGUUUCCUUGAACAAAUAAAUGGUAGGCUAUAAAUAGUGCAUGAAACAAAUGCAUAUAAUUCAUAUAUUGCAUAUGAGAACUGUAUACAAAGGUUUGAAACCAGUCGUGGUAGGUCUAGUGUUAAUUUCUACGUCUAAUAAAUCCCUGCCAAAUCACGAAAGAAGUGAAAAUUUAUUUAACCUGACUGCGCGCCUCGAGUGGCUACAUGCACGUUGGCCUAGGUUAGUAAAGAACAAUCUUACUAGCCCAGGGUUACUAGGAUCUUGUUACAUGGGUAGCGUACCCUAGUUAAAGGUAUAUGUGUACCGAGCUGGCCGCAAACGCAACUUUCAGUCGACCAGGUUUUCAGUUUGUGGGGCAGGGUCGGCGGUUCAUAGGUGUAUCAUGCGCCCGCGAACCACGGUAUUGGAGAAGAAGCAAACGUGUAAAAAGAGCAAGAGGAUGGGCUUUAUCGAGCGGCGACUGCGCCGCAGUGAUAUUCCUCACACCGCCGCCUACCGGCUACCAUUCGUCCUCUAGAUUCGAGGAUACAGUAGUCACUCUCUUUUUCUCUUUAUUUUCUUUUUUCUCUCGUGUCCUCUCUUAUCAUCGCCACUCCAGAUUUUUUGUAUCUCAAUAAACCACUCAUUCAUAAUUCACGGCGACUUUAAACGCGCGAGUAUAAACGCCCGAAAUGCCUGUGAAUCAUUUCCUCGCUCGUUCAGAACACUUUCCAGGGACACUCGACUGUACGUAAUUGCGAAUCUCCGCUGGAUCCGUUCACUGUACGAGAAUCGUCAACGCGACACGUACCAAUUUCCACUCGGAUCUUGAGAACAGAACAUUGACCAUCUCCUUCGUUGGCCCGUCAGAGAGACUGCGAGCAACGAUCGGUCGCGCUGACACGUCUCCCAUCGAAACAAUCGAAGAAAGAAACUAAUCAGCCACUUGUCAAUCGUAAAGAAUGUUCGUUUCGAUCGUCAUCUGCGCGUGUUUUACCUGGUAACCCUUUUCCGUGGUAGGCCUUCGUUAUUCAACGAGUUCUACUGCCCCGUGCACGCCUUACUUUCCCCCACUACGUCUACGCCGCCGCUACCCCCUCUCUCUCUCUCACGCUCUUUUUCAUUCUCCCUCUCGGUAGCAAGUGCCCCUAGAUUCUGGCAACGCUUCUUGCUACUGAGACAACGGGACAGUUUUCGCACGGCGCACCCUCCUACCCAAUCGAGAGUCGAAAACGCACGGAUGCCGUGAGGGGCCAGUGCGUUAACGCGGUUCGCGUCAGAUUGCUUGUUUUGCUUGCGUGUGCGUGCACAACGUGUUCGAUUAGAAAAAGGUGCCUUUAAACGUGACAGUGUCGACAGUUCAAUGAAAAGAACAUCGAAGGGGACACAUUGGCGCGAGGAUUUAGAGGAUCCACGUUCGACGACUUCGAGGGUUUCAAUUAGGCGACGUAAUCCAGUGAAUCGGAAUUUAGUAACAGCUGCGUGAGACUGUCUUCAACGAUGAUGCUGAAAGAGGGCUGCGGUGGCGGGAACGAAGCAUACUGUUGUCCAACGACAAGACCGUCGGGGAGCAAGCUCGAGAGACGAAAAAUAGAAGAUCAACGAAUCGUAGCGAGCGCGACGAUCGAUUAAACGUAGCUUUUAUCGUGAAUCUACGAUUCUUCUUCCAGCCCGAGGGGAUUUCCGCGCGCCAUAGGUUAGCUGGAACCAUGGGGAAUGGCAUGAACAGGGUCCUCCCCGGGCUUUAUAUCGGGAAUUAUCACGACAGCAAGGACGCUGAUCAAUUGGAGCGAUUCGAGAUCACUCACAUUCUGGCGAUCCACGAUACCGCGCGGCGAUUGCAUUCCGACAAACAUUAUUUAUGCAUAUUGGCGGCGGAUAGCCCGGAUCAAAAUUUGUCCCAGUACUUUUCCUUGUGCAAUGACUUUAUUCACGCUGCACGUCUACGCGGUGGGAACGUCCUGAUACACUGCUUAGCCGGCAUGUCGAGAAGCGUGACAGUAGCGGUGGCCUAUAUUAUGAGUACCACCAAUCUUUCGUGGAAAGAGGCACUCAAAGUCGUCAGAGUGGGCCGUUCCAUUGCCAAUCCAAACGUCGGGUUCCAGCAACAGCUCAAAGAUUUCGAGUCCAGUAGAUUGCACGAGGAGCGACGCAGGUUGAAGGAACGAUUUCCAACCUUGGCACUAGAGGAGUCCGAUGCGGAGAUGUGUCGUACUACUUUAAGAAAUUACGAAACCAUGGCAUUGGCUCGGGAAGUGUGCGAAGGGAAAUGUGCCAUGGGCCGUCCUUGUCCGACUGGGCUAUGCAGGCAACCUUCCAAAAGGAGCCCACGAAGAAAGGCGUCCACGGGCAGCACCAGCAGCCUGAACACAGGAAGAACGCCUCCUCAGACACCUAGGUUGCUACCGUCUGCACCACCAUCGCCAGCCAUGCACAGGUCCACCAGUGUCCUGUCGGCGAGACCUAGAAGUGGUCCUGCUGGGCUCCACUAUUACACUGGAUCGGCACCACCUUCCAGGGCGGUGUCGAGGGUGGACCUAUCAGGAGCAGUAGCCUGUAGUAGUAGCAGCACGAGCCUGCAAAUGCUAGGCAGAUCAGGCAUGUCGGGCAGUAAUUGGAGGUUGACCGCCGGUUCCGCUCCCAACACGCCGAGACCAACGCCGCCAGUUUCUCCUCAGCGUUGGCCAAGACGAUCCUCCACUCGACAGACACCCCAAUUGCAAGUCUCCCCUGAAACCUCCUCCUCGACGACGUAGCAUCUCCGGAACUUCGCUUCGUUCUCGACUCUGCCCGAGUAAUUACGGAAUCGAUUCACUCGGCGAAGACAGGCGUCGGCCAUCCGCGAACGUCGGAUGACCGUGUCCCCCAUAAAAUUGCCAUAAUCGGCCCCCUGGAAGACGAUGCUCGCCGAAACGGCGUAAACGUUGAAACGCUUUCCCGAAAGGACACUAAAAAGGCUUAACGUACCCGGAUACUUCAAACAGCUUCAACUGCAACGAGUAUAUACGCCAGCUUGCCAUUUCAUCGCUAACGCAGUUUUGCAUCGACGUGCAAAGCGGUAGGAAGCUUGAAGAGUCUGUCGAGAAGCAGAGAGAGAAGAAGAAAAAAAAAGGAACGUUGUACGAUAACGAAGUCGCGCUCGAGUUUCCUCGUUCGAAUCGUAAACGGAGCUCGGUUCCCGAGAGCUGUUGAGGUUUAUUAAAAGCUUCGGUGGAUUCCUUGGCUGGGAAAUUGUGACCUAGUCGACGCGAGUCUCCAUGUGAUCGUUAGCAAAGAGGGAACGGGUACUUUGUUAACGGUAGCCAUCAAGAUUCUCGAUGAAACCGUUUAUCGAGCCCGCUCUUGGACUUCGAUGGUUGUUUCUACUUUCGUUAGAAAAAUUUUGGGACACUCGAGCUUGGGAAUUGCUGUUCUCGUUUGAACGCUCGUAUCGAUUGCAGGCGCGGUGUCAUUCUCUUUGUUUUUUCGUUAAGCAACCAAACGAUGCACGCCACAAAGAUGUUAUAUUAUGGCGAGAGCGAACGAGAGGAGUCAUUUUUCAUUGGUGCUCGAAGAGUGAUCGUCGGAAGAGUUCCUCCCCCCGAAGAAACUUGCAUCGACGCGAAUGAUCGUGGAUGGGCAACGUGGAUUUUGGAAGAAUAGAGUGGAUAAUUAUGAUCACAUGAUCAUCAUUAUCUAUUCUUGUUUUCAUGUUGUUGGACAACGGAGCACUUUUAUUUAAAUGUGUUUGAAAAAGUAUUCGAAUGCUGUGUCUGGUAGUUGUGAAAGUAUAGAGUACUUUUAUUCGUCUUCAUCCUCGAAUACCGAAUGAACAGCUAUCUCUAGCAAAUCUUUAAUGAAGUUGGUGUAAAGAGCCAGCGUAUGUAUGUAGUUUGCUAGUGGGUCUAACUAAUAUGGGUACGAUCUCCUUAAUUGUAUAGAAUUCUAAUCUAGUAGAUUAUGCCCGUUAUUAGUCAGACUCGCCAACUUCUCAUGUAGUAUGUAGGAGACUGAUAUCCUUUCAUUUGUUGAUUAUUCUAUGGAGGUGAUUUAUGUAUUCAAAGAACUUCUAUUUGAAACUUAACCCUUAAUAUUUAUUAUUUGAACAACUUUGACAGCUGACGUUUAUUUUGUUAACUUUUGUUCAACAGAACAUUAUGCAAUGGUAACAUACAUACAGCCAAAUAUUAAAAACAAGCCAGUUGCAAGUGUACGAUUCGAUUUAAAAGUCCGGUAUCAAAUUUAAAUCUUAGGGCAUUUGAGGGUUAAUAUCUGCAAACAUAUCAUAAAUUUUACUUCAGCUUGUUUUAUUAUAGCGUGUAACUGUUAAACCAGUCUUCACACUGUAUCGUAAAUCACGAUGAUCCUUCGAUGAACUAUUUUUUAUUAUACCGCAAAGAAAAUAGUGAUAAUUCCCAUUACACCAGACCUAAAAUUCGGUAUUCGACGACGCAGCGAAUAGAAGUGGGUAGAUAAUUAAAUAUUCGACAGCAUAAAUGGACGCAAAGUACAAGUGAAUAUUUGCGCAUAAACGGAUGCAGAUGUAUUUCGAUUACAAAAAGAUCACUGAAAUGUGCCCAUCCCUGUGUGUGAUUUCGUACUACGCGCGUGAUACAGCAAUCACCGACAAUCUUGCGUACGAUUGCGCGCACACACGUGGACGCAAUCGUAUCCUCCUCGUAAAGACCUCUUGUUAAUUAGCAUUUUUAAAAAAAGAAAAAAAAAAGAAGAAACGCGCAUAAUGAAAGUUGUUGUUUACGACGAAGACGGAGCCGCGAUGGAUAACAAGUUAGCUGAUAUUGUAAAUAUCGAAUUGUCCAAACGGAUUCACCGUAAUAAUACUUUACUGGUAGAGAACUCUCGGCUACUUUUCCAAUGUAAUAUUAUUGUCUCAUGGAACGUAGGAAAUUCGCUGUUAGACGCUCAGAGAAAUCGUCGAAUUCACGUUGAAUCGAUCGUUACGUUCGCAAGGACAUUCCUCGUUUCUUUCGAAGUUCAUUGUUCGCGAAUUAACGAUAAUCGCGUGCGAUUUUCAACACUGACGCACUGUUUACAUUAUUGAGAGCACGAUCCAGAGAUAGACGAAAUUCUUCAGAUAAAAAUUACGAAGAUAAAGAGGAUAUAAAGACAUCAUCGACACACUGAGUACGGGUGUGUUAAGAUAAAAGAUUGGAAUGGGAAAUAAAGGGCGACAAGUGUUGGUCCCGUUUGAAAAUUUGAAUUACAGGAUGCAGAAAUAAAACUUUAAGUGUUUUAUUGUUGAAGGAUUUCGUCCCACCUCUGGCAGGGAGCCCUCGGGGUUGGUCUGGGCCUCACACUUGGAACCUCAGCUUUAUACAAAAAUAAGAAAAUUGUGUGGAAUAUUGAGAAUAUUGAUUUCGUGAUUUUUUAUAUGAAGACAUGUAUAGUUUGACUCAUAAGGAAGGCUAUUAGAUUCUAUUAGAUUCUAUUAGAUUCUGCUUUAGAUUUGAUGCUAUUAAUUGCUCCCAGAAUCUGUUAGAAACUAGUUUAAUAAACUAUCGUUUAGACAGAGUCUGUCCAGGCUAUUAAUUAAUCGUGUCUAAGGCAGAAUCCAACUGGCAGACCCACGAUGAAACGCUAAGUAAUAUUGCUCUUUAUAUCAAAAAUAUCGUAAACAGAAGCAUUUAUAAUACUUUACCUACCGACGUACCUAAAAUUGUUCAUCAAAUUCUAUAACUUUUGGUUGAAAUUUAGAAGCUGGUCAAUGUUAACAUUUUAUUUACCGGGAACCUAUUUAUAGGCUUUUUACUUGCAGUAUUUAGCUCUUCGAAUUUAUUUACUGUGUUGAUGCUUGUCUACUUAACAAUGAUCGGUGUUUGGAAACAGACUUGGCUUUCAAUGUAUCCAUUAACAGUAUGGAGGAAUUAUUGUCAGCCUAGAUUGGCGUAUGCUACUGUAGAAAAUUCUUUUUCGGAUUAAAGACUGUUUCUAAAUAGCCCGGUAGAUAAAGCGUUAAACUAGCCUUGCUUUAAAUUAUUAACAAAAUUUAUGAAAAGCCUUCUUCAAACCGAGUACCAUAAUUUGACGAUAGGAGAUCCCGGAAUUAAAAAGCCUGCGAUAGGUAAAGUGUUAAUCAUAGAGGUUUGUAAAAGCUCGUGGAGGUGUCUGAAGUCCACCCUGAGCCUUCCUCGGAACAGCUUGAAUCGUCCCGCAUCAUUUUUCAUCUGAUCUUCAUUGGAACGCGUCGAUUGUGUUCAUGGUCUCUAGAAAAGCAAUUCGCGCAAUCGCAGCUAGCUUUCGCCGAGAAAGUGGAGAAAAAAACAAGCAUCGCUAAAGCUCGAAAUCGAGUAUGGGAGAUCUGGUAUCUCGCCGAAGAGGCGCUCAAGCACUCGAGGGAUAAGGGAUGAACGAGAAGAACGCGAGCCGUUGUUCCUUGAAUCGUUCCAUUGAGUUUGUUCGCAAACCGUCCAUUGCAAUUGUUGGAUUUGUAGCAAAACCACGCCGUUUAGCGCAAGUUGUUAAUUCAAAGGAAAGCAUAUAUAUACACGAACAUAUACAUAUACUCGAGGCGUGCCAGUUAAUAAACGCGUUUCGUGCACGUUGGAGCGAUGGCGGGACUGAACACGGGACCUCUCUGGCGAUUUCUGACUUCAGACACGAUUUUUAAAGCGAUACAUUGUAGUUAGACGAUACUAUGUAAUUGACAUAAAUGUAAUUAAACGUAUGAUAUUAACGAGGGGUUCCCAUCGUUACGAAGGGAGACUCGGAGAUGAAGAAGUUCUGGAAUGUUGGCUAAUAACGCCUGGUAACUUUUAUGGAGGUUGAAGUGCAAUCGUAUCGACUACUGGCACUGUUGAUGAUCGAUCGCAGAGAGGAGAUAACGUAGUCAGGUCUCUCGUAACUCGAUUCAGAUUUUCAGGAUUUUAAGUAGGAAGUUUGAUAAGAAAUGUCUACUCGUUAACCCUUUCGGUACUACUGCCGCCUAUAGACGCCAUCCAUGAAACGAGUAUGACUACUUUCUAUGCCAGUGAUUUCCAAAGUGGGUGCUGCAGCGAUUCAGGGGGGCACUGACGACCAAUGUAGGCUGUAAUUCAAAAGUUCUUAAUUGCAUUUCCUUUGUCAUAUUUAAUGGAACGUGGGUUCAGUGAGGUAACCAAUUUAUUAACAAAAAAAAAAAAUAGAAACCAAUUGCAAAAAGUAAAUCGCGGUGAUUUAAGAUUGCUGCUGACGAAAAUAGAGCGGAGGAUUACUAAAUUGUUACCAGCACACCAGUUUCAUCCUUCUCAUUAAGAUGGUUUCGAAUGUUUUAACUGUAUUUUGUAUUACAUUCUAUUCCGAGUUCAAGAAAUAGUUUCAUCAUUUCAAAGUUCAAUGUUUCAAAUUUACACCUUCCUUUACUACAUUUUACGAAAAAGAUGGAAACAUUAAUUCAUAUAUAUUUCCUACGCAUUAAUUGCUAUUGAAAUUAAAGAAAAAUUACUUUCCAGAGGCGUGGGGGGGGGGGGGGCUAGGAUAAUAUUUUUUCUGGAAAGGGGGUGGUUGGACAAAAAAGCUUGGAAACCAGUGUUCUAUACUAUGCAUUACGAAACUACAAAAGUUUAGUGCCAAUCACGCUCUGGAUUUCUCUGAAUGCCGCAAAACACGUUUUCGUAUAACCGCGGCCAGCUCCUCCGUACCGAAAGGGUUAAGUGGCAUACUGUGAUUAAUUGUUUCGUCAAAUAAUAUUUAUUUUUGAUAUUUGAGAAAGAGAAUAUUUGUAGAUUCGAUUACUUUCGUACAUAGACUUCAACGUUAAUGUGAAACAUAUAAAGGAACCACUAACGAAUCACAGAUAUUGAUACCUAAACUUGAAUAUUUGAUAUGCAUUCACUAAUACCUCAGUUAAUAUUAGUAGUACCAGAAAGCACGUAAAUCUAAACGGGUACAAGAUGGAAUUGACCAUUUUACCACUUUCGCUACGGACGAAAAUAAGUGGCCGUUAGCUGAGAGCUGCAAUUAUGAUAUUUUUUUUUUAAUGAAAAAUUUCUUACAAACGUUCUAAUAUGAUCAUUUUGAAAAACAUAUAUUUGUGGUAACUUAUUUUAUAUAUAAUAUGAUUGGUGAACAAAAAAAAAAUGGAAACUGAAAAAUAAUAAAAAACAACAAUAAUAAUAAAAACAUUCAUAUAUUUUCAAUUAAUCCGCAACGAAAGUGUUACUAAUGGAGGCAUUAAAUGAAUUCGUGAACAGUUCAACCGAUAUCGCCAGUACAGUGUAUGAAUUGAAAUUACAGGUACCAAGUAGCCUCGAGCCGAGUUCUUUACCAUCUGCAAAGGUAAAUUAAUAAUAAAGAGGUCCAAGUUACAGAGACCAAACUGUAUACCGAAAUUUUAAACGUUAAGAAGCUAUAUUUUAUUAGAACGACAGGACGUCCAACAUUUCAGAACUCAUUCGUACUCGUCGCCCUCGUUCGCACUUGGUUUCAGCCAAAAAAGCACACGUUCGAAUAGUAGACUUCCCUCGGAAGUGCAUAGUAAAACUGCAGCGUGUUCCGGGCCUUAUAUCGGGCCUGCACCGGUUUAAUAAUGUUGUGAUGUGUGUUAAUAAAAUGUUACGACUCUUAAACGCACCCGUGUCGCACCCUUAUAAACGUAUAAAUGGAAACUAAUUGUAUGAAAAAAAAAAAAAAUCCAGAUGUCCGUUUCCAAGUGAUAUCAGUCCCUUUACGACGUGCACGACACGCGCUCGUUAUCGGCCGCCUUGUAUGCAUACACACUCGGUAGGCAUACGUUGUUACAAAUGGGGAUUUCAGACGAUUUUAUAACUUGUUGGCAAUGGUGAUUAUUAUGCGACCACGUCGUACGUUAAGUAGAGAAAGUUGUUAAAAUUAUUUCGUGCACCGAUGCACGAUUCACCGACGAGCGUGAAGCAUAUAAGCGUUUGCGAGCGUGUCACCAUAUCAUCACUCCGCGUCGUCAAAUGCGUAUAUUUAAUCGAUUCGCGUGAUAGAAUCAUUUAUUUUUCUAGAAAUCGUUCGAUUUAUCAUAGCGUAAAAAAAAAAAAAGUGAAGAAUCAAUUAGCGGGUAGACGUUAAAAGCGCGCUGUUAAAGAGUACGAUGGAGGCGCAUGUUUCAAUUCGAUUGUUUAGCGUCGCUCGAUUCGGAAGGUGUUCUUAAACGGUUUGCCUGUUCCAGGAUUUAUCGUUAAAGUCACAUUCUCGACGCGACACUGCAUUCUUUCGAAUAGUCCGAUCAUCGGCCCGAUCGAACCGAUCGAAUUGAUCCAAUUGAAAUCGAAUUCUUCAUUUUGUUUCUGUUUUCUGUUGUUAAAUAUAAAUAGGCGUUGCGAGAAACUGAUGAAGGCAUCGACUUCAUUUUUCCUACGGUUUAAUAGCACAAAAUUUGUUGCUGUUAUAGGGGAAAAAGGGGGCUACUCGAUUUUUUUAAAUAAAAGAUGUUAUGUAGAUAAAAAUACUCUUAUAAAGCAAAAGCAAGCCCUUAACGGGCAAGUGUUGUUCGGUUUUAUAAGAGUUAAAAAAAAAAUAUGCGGGACACGUUUAAACAAAUUUAAGAAGAACGAAGUAAAGGUUCAAAGUUCGAUGGUUAAUUUGAUCGGUAUCGGUGGGUCUAGUUAUCGUUUUUGAUCAGUUCAAGAGAAUACAGCGGUGAUAAUGUUAAAAAUUCAUAAAAUAUUUUUUAUAAACUUAUUGUUUUCAAGGUUUUGCUCGAUAUCGACAUAUCGCUGUUGUAUCAAUUAAAUAUAUAUAUAUAUAUAUACACAUAUAUAUACAUAUAUGUAUAUAUACUAAAUAUAUAUAAAU